UUUGAACACAUUUCUCAUUUGUCCAUCCAGCGUCAAGGUAACGAUAGACAAAUAGUAAAGUUUUUAAUUUCGAUUUUAUUUUUAUUAUUGAAAAAAGCAAAACCGUGAAAUUAAUUUUUGUGAUAACCGAUUGACAUUCAGAGUUUUAAAACUGAGUUGGCACAGUCAAAAAAGUAUGCGUUUAGCACUAGUAAUAUUAAUAAUCUUCACCCUCCAUAAUUAUGGUUGGGGUGUUGACCGGACGACAUUCAAAACCUGCCAACAAAGCAGUUUUUGCAGACGAACUCGAAAAGAUACACCAGGAAGUUCCAAAUUUGCCAUCGUCUCUGAUACACUAAAGUCGUUUGAUGACUUUGUAGAACUGGAUUUGGUCAACAAGGCCAAUGAUCACCUAUUUGUUUUGAGAUUGGAAGCUUUAGAAAGCAAUAAAUUCCGAGUUCAAAUUGACGAAAAAAAUCCUCUGAAAGCUCGUUAUAGGGUUAAAGAUGCUCUUCAACCUUCUCUUAAAAUCGGAUCGUUAAAUGUUGAAACCAGCGACGGAUCUUCAAUUCUUAUAACCUCUGGAGAAAACAAAGCCGUUCUGACACUUGACCCCUUCCGAAUUGAUUUCUAUCAAAACGAUGUUCUUUCGGUGUCCGUUAAUGCCAAGAGAUUAAUGCGCUUUGAACAUAUUCGCCGAAAGUCAAGUGGUGAACCAAUGGAAGAUCCUGACGAAUGGGAAGAAGAUUUCUCCGGCCAUCUUGAUACAAAACCUUUUGGUCCUGAAGCUAUUGCAUUGGACUUUUCAUUCCCUCAGGCAGAAGUUCUCUUUGGAAUUCCUGAACAUGCUGAAAGCUUUAUUUUGAAAUCAACCGAAGGUGAUGAUCCCUACCGCCUGUUUAACUUGGAUACAGCGAAUUAUGAACUGGAAAGCAAAAUGGCUUUGUAUGGAAGUGUUCCCGUCAUUUAUGGUCAUGGACCUGAACGAUCAGCUGGAGUAUUUUGGCAUAAUGCUGCUGAAACAUGGGUCGACAUUUGGGCAUCUAAAAAAGAUGUGUCCGAUUCUCCAUCAGCUCGUUUUAUGUCAGAAAGUGGUAUUGUCGAUGCUUUUAUUUUACUUGGACCAACUCCUUUGGACGCUUUUAGACAAUACACUGAGCUUACAGGUACAGCCAAUCUCCCACAACUCUUUACACUUGGCCAUCACCAGUGCCGCUGGAAUUAUGACAAUUCCACUGAUAUUGUCGAAGUUGCUGCCAAUUUUGAUAACUACGACAUUCCUAUGGAUACAAUUUGGCUUGAUAUCGAGUACACAGAUGAAAAGAAAUACUUUACCUGGGAUCCAAAGCAUUUCCCCAAUCCCUUGGGAAUGAUUAAGAAUUUGACAGAUUCCCAUCGCCAUUUGACAAUUAUCAUUGAUCCUCACUACAAAAUAGAUAAAACUUACUUCUUCCAUCAAGAAUGUGAAAAGAAGGGUUAUUACACUAAGAAUCUCCAAGGCAAGGACUAUGAAGGAUCAUGUUGGCCAGGUCCAGCUAGUUAUCCGGACUUUUUCAAUCCAGCUGUUCGUCAAUAUUAUGCUGAUCAGUUUGUUGUGGAGAGAUUCAAUACAACAACUAAGGAUGUAAUGAUUUGGAAUGAUAUGAAUGAACCAUCGGUCUUCAAUGGCCCCGAGAAAACUAUGCCCAAGGACAAUCUUCAUUAUGGCGGAUGGGAACAUCGCGAUGUUCAUAAUUUGUUUGGACACAUGCAAGUUAUGGGAACUCAUCAAGGUUUAUUGCAACGUGAUCCAAAUCAGAGACCUUUUAUUCUAACUCGUUCACAUUUUGCUGGCUCCCAAAGGUAUGCAAUCGUUUGGAUGGGAGAUAAUACAGCAGCUUGGGGUCAUUUGGAGAAUUCCAUUAAGAUGUGUUUGUCAGAGGGUAUUGCAGGAUUUUCAUUUUGUGGAUCUGAUGUGGGUGGCUUCUUUGGUGAUCCAGAACCUGAGUUGGUUGAACGUUGGUAUCAAGUCGGAACAUAUACUCCAUUCUUCCGAGCUCAUGCUAACCAAGGAACUGCACGCAGAGAACCAUGGUUGUUCUCUGAGAGAACUCGUCUGGUUAUUAGGGAUGCUAUUCGUAAGCGUUACAGCUAUUUGCCAAUGUGGUAUACAAUGUUCUAUGAGCAUGAAAAGUUUGGUUUACCAGUUAUGAGACCACUUUUGGCUCAAUAUCCUAAAGAUAAGGAAGUUUAUAGAAUCGAAUCACAGUUUAUGCUUCAAGAUCAGCUUCUUGUGUGUCCUGUUAUGGAGCCGGGAGUCAAGGAAAUCGAUGUUUAUUUCCCAUCGAAGGAUGGCCAGAAAGUUGGUGAUGUAUGGUAUGAUACUGAUAACUUCCAGAAAUAUGAUAAAGUUGGUCAUGAAACUAUUCAAGUUGAUUAUAAGAAGACUCCAGUUUAUCAACGAGGAGGAACAAUCAUUUCUAAGAAGGAAAAUAUUCGUCGUACAGCUACUCUCAUGAAGGAUGAUCCUUACACAUUGAUUGUUUGCUUGGACAAGAAUGGAUCUUCAAAGGGCACUUUGUACAUUGAUGAUGAGAAAUCUUAUGAUUACCGUCAAGGCAAAUACAUCUACGAACAAUUUGAGUUCAGUGGAAAUAGUUUGAAGAAUUCUUUCAUAACAACACCUGAUUAUAAGACCGCUUCGACUUUAGAACGAGUUAUUAUUGCUGGUUUGGAGAAGACACCAAAAUCUGCAACAAUUAAGUAUGAUGGUAAAACUGAGGAAUUGAAAGUUAUUGCCCAUGAACAAGCUAUUGCAGUUGAAAAACCAGGAAUUAAUAUUGCAAAGGAAUUUGUGAUUGAACUCAAUUAUUGAAAAGAAAAAGAAAGCAAAUAAAAUAUGACUGAUUUAUUGAA